AUGGUUAAGGGAAUGAUGAGUAGAAGGAGCUUGUUUCUUGCUGGAUUGGGUCGUCUAACAAGAAAAGAGGGCAGGACAGCGAUGUUGAUAGGUGCCAUGGACAUAUCAAUGUUGAUGGUUUAUGUGCAGCAAGUUGAGGAAGAGAAGCUGAGGGGCAGGGAAAGUUCAGAAGUAAGAAAGCUAAGACAGGGAAUAAGUCUAGGCAGCAGAAGGCAUAAGGAGGUUGUUGGGCUUUUGCAUAUACUAGGUGUGGUAGAACCCACCCAAGUAAGUGUCGUGAUGGCCAGACAGGUUGUUCAAGUGUGGGCAAGAGGGUCACUUCAUGAAAAAUGUCCUAAGAACAAGCAAGGUGGUGGAUAUCCGGGCCAUAGAGCCCAAUCUUUAUCAGUUGCUCCAACAGACAAAGUUGCACCUAGAGGAGCUACUUCCGGUACUGCCGGAGGAGCAAAUUGCCUCUAUGCAAUUACGAGUCGCCAAAAGCAAUAG